AUGGACAAGUCAGUCCUGGAUUUGGAGGAAAUUCUUGGUCCUCGUGAUGAACAACUUUUGCAGAAGCUCUCUGCGCAUGAGCCCGCGAUACUUGAUGAGGUUGUCGACUACUACCUCAGUCGUGUAGGCUGCACAACGACGGAUCCCGCAGCGACAAGGCUUUUGUCAGUGGCAGUUCAGGUUGCCUUUGAGAAGGCAAUCGACGAAGCCAAGCUAAUUCUUGCAAGCUCAAGAGGUGAAGCUUCGGUUGUCAGCCGCCGGACAGAUAGAGGCAGCAGCACCCAGUUGCGCCCAAUGCAAAGCAAAUGCAGCCUUGUGGAAGAAUUGCCAGCCUCUCCCGCGGGCGCAUGCUCUACAUUCGAGGAGGUGGGAACUGCUGGCGGACUGCUGAUGGAGUACCUUGUGCCAGGUUCAUACGUCGCUGCUGCCUUUACAGUCAAGUUUUGCAGCAGUCUGCGGCUACAUGAUUGGCCUUCUAGUGUCGGCCCGUGGCAUUAUGCCUUUAUGAGAUGCCCUGCAGCUGUUUUCCGAUCUGAAUUCUCUCAGGUGAAGGAGCUGGAUGUGGAGUCGCUGUGCAAGGCUCUCCAGAGGAACGGCACGUUGCCUGUAGGUCCCGCAUUUGACUUACUUUUGCAGCCCUUAGCACCGGAAAACGGAGCACUGGGAUCGUGA